GCUACGAACUGCCCAUAAAACCGACAAAAGAGAAGCAGCAGACUCCAUUUCCACCACGAGGCCCGGAUUCAGGCGCACAUCACGAAGAACAGCCUUUGCUACAGCACACGAGAAGCGUACAGCAGCAACAUGUCUGACGAGGGGAAACUGUUCGUCGGUGGACUUAGCUUCAACACAACGACGGAGACCCUUCAAGAUGCUUUCUCUCGGUAUGGGGCUAUCACAGACGUCCACGUUGCCAAAGAUCGGGAGACCGAUAGACCGCGUGGCUUUGGUUUUAUCACAUUCGACAAUCCGGAAGAUGCAAAAGACGCCUUGGAGGGGAUGGAUGGACAGUCUCUCGACGGCAGAACGAUCCGCGUGGAUAAGGCUGGGAGUAAGCCUGGCGGCCGUGGCGGCGGCGGCGGAUUCCGCGGGGGUCGUGGCAGAGGAGGAUAUGGAGGUGGAGGAGGAUAUGGAGGUGGCGGUGGAUAUGGAGGCGGUGAUCGCUACGGUGGCGGCGGUGAUCGCUACGGUGGCGGCGGCGGUGAUCGCUACGGUGGCGGCGGCGGUGAUCGCUACGGUGGCGGCGGAGAUCGUGGAUACGGUGGCGGCGGAGAUCGUUCCUACAGCAGAGGCGGUGGCGGCAGCUACUCCAGCCGGAGUGGGGGCUACUCAUCAGGAGGAAAUGGCGGUUACUGAGAUCGACACAUCACAAAGAUGCCCACCACGAGUAAACCCAAAUUGGUCAAGUUUUGUCUUGUUUUCUUGGCGAUUUGCAAACCGCGCAUUCCUAUGUUGAAUUUUACUUACUUACAAAACAGUUAGAACAAUUUAAAAGCAAAUCUGCCUCGUUGUUGGCAUAUUACACAUGAACACACAAAAAACCGAAUUCAUCUUUGUUGAAUAUUUGCUUUGCCAUAUUGGAUGGUGACUUCCUGCUUUCUUUUGGACCUAACCAAUUCCAACAGUUUUUGUUCCGUUGUAGUGUUUUUGAAAGAACAGAAACGUAGGACCAAACUAAAUCGUAAGUCUUAUUUUUGGCUGAAACGCCAUAUUUGAGUGAUUUGAUCGUGUUUGUGUGAGGUAACGUAACAACGCGGGGUGGGGGAGGGGCACGAUCCAGUUUCCAAAGCAUGGCUUCCUUUCAGACUGGUGAACUGCCCCGCUACUAUUGGACCAGAUUCGGCCCGCUACCGGCCCAGCCCCAGCUCAGCCCCUCCAGGGCUCACUACCCCCCUCUUCAGUCAUUCUGGGGUAUCUGAGACUCUUGCUCCUCCGAGCCUACAGUUUCUCUCGCUCUUUUUAUUUUCCACUGUAAACUAUGGACUUGAAACAAACUGUUAGACUAAAGGAAACAAGAACGGCAACAAACAUUCAAACGAAAAAAAGUAGCCUAAUCACUGUCGGAGAGAACCUGUUCGAACCUGUUCACACGUGCUGAUCUCCUCCCUUCGCAUAGAGGGGAGAGAACGUUACUCUGUGCCCUGCUCUCUGUACCAACUCUUAUUUGACAUUCCUCAGUUCUUUUGUUGUUGGUUUCGUAUGUGUUUUUUUUUAUUAUUUUGGCUUCAUGAGGCCCAAUUAAAUGAUUGAUUUGUUGGGGGUAAAGUGUUUUAGAUUCUACCACAUGUUCUGGAUUCAUGCUCUGUUGUUGCACACUAUUCAUGCUUGCUUUAUUAAGGUAAUAAAACUGACAAUACCCAAUUAA